CUGCCGAGCAUUCAACCCAUUUGACCUGGUAAACAGUGUAAUACCAUCGCGUACAGUCAUCAGAGGUACGCUUGGACUCGCUGAACUGCAUCUAACCAGCUAUAUAAGGGGGCUUGUAAGAACGAAUUGCUCAAUAAGCUGGCAGAUCUUUGAACAAAAAAUUUCCAUAGAGAAGAAACCACAUUCCAACAACACUUUGGCUGUUCAGCGUUGUAACCCAAUCAUUGGCCCUAUAAGCAGUGCAAAGUUCCAAGAAAGAUCAUGGACAACAAAAUUGACGAUACAGAUUCCUUCAAGUUCAUUGCACUUGGAGGCGGUUCCGAAGUUGGAAGAUCAUGCCACAUCAUCCAGUACAAAGGUAAGACGAUCAUGCUCGACGCCGGUGUUCACCCGGCGUUUAGUGGUAUUGCUGCUCUGCCCUUCUACGAUGAGUUUGACCUGGCCACUGUGGACAUAUUACUCAUCUCGCAUUUCCAUUUGGAUCACGCUGCUUCUCUUCCAUAUGUGAUGCAACACACCAACUUCAAGGGAAGGGUGUUCAUGACACAUCCUACCAAGGCCAUCUAUCGCUGGCUGCUGACUGAUUUUGUGAAAGUGACGUCGAUUGGCUCUACAAAUACAUUGUACUCUGAUGAAGAUCUGUUGGAGUCCUUUGACAAAAUUGAAACCGUUGAUUAUCAUUCCACCAUUGAGGUUGACGGUAUAAGAUUCACUGCGUUCCACGCAGGCCACGUUCUUGGUGCUGCUAUGUAUAUGAUUGAAAUAAGUGGGUUGAAGAUCUUAUUCACAGGUGACUACUCAAGAGAAGAGAGUCGUCAUUUGAACGUUGCAGAGGUACCACCUACGAAACCGGAUAUCUUGAUUACUGAGUCGACUUUCGGUACAGCUACACAUCAACCGAGACUGGAAAAGGAGCUCAGACUGACGAACUUAAUACACUCCACACUGGUCAAAGGUGGUAAUGUCCUACUGCCAGUCUUUGCCCUGGGAACCGCACAAGAGCUGCUCCUUAUCCUAGACGAAUACUGGUCCAAUCACCAAGAUCUGGAAAACGUCCGUGUAUACUUUGCAUCUUCAUUGGCAAAGAAAUGUUUAACUGUCUUCCAAACCUAUGUCAAUAUGAUGAACGAUAACAUCAGAAAGGCCUUCAGAGAUGAAAAUACAAACCCAUUCUUGUUCAAACAUGUUAAAAACAUCAAAAAUUUGGAUAGAUUUGAAGAUUUUGGACCCACAGUGGUUGUGGCAAGUCCUGGUAUGCUACAGAACGGUGUCUCCAGGGAACUACUGGAGAAGUGGGCCCCUGACUCGAGAAAUUCUGUGAUCUUGACCGGUUAUUCCGUGGAAGGUACGCUUGCAAAGACGUUAAUCACAGAGCCGGAUAUGAUACCGUCGAUUAAUAACCCAGAACAGAUGAUCCCAAGAAGAAUAAACAUUGAAGAGAUUUCCUUCGCUGCACACGUUGACUACGAACAGAACUCGAAGUUCAUUGAACUUGUUGAUCCAAAGUCUAUCAUCCUUGUCCAUGGUGAAUCCAACCCAAUGGGUAGAUUGAAAUCUGCGUUACUAUCAAAGUACUCUAAAUUCAAGGGAACAGACAAGGAAGUCAAGGUGUAUAACCCUAGAAAUUGUGAUGAACUCAGCCUAAAGUUCAAAGGCCUGACUAUUGCAAAGGCCAUGGGCUCUAUCGUUGAAGAUAAAGACAAACAAGUUCUCACCGGUGUUUUGAUUGCAAAGGAUUUUGACCUGAAUCUCAUGAAAGUUGACGACGUUAGGGAGUAUGCUGGAUUGACAUCUACCGUGGUGAAGGAGAGACAGACAAUACGUGUAGAUGCCGGCAGAGAUUUGAUACAAUGGCAUCUCACACAGAUGUUCGGCUAUGUCGAGGUUCUUAUCGAUGAAAAGGACGAGUACGAGGUGAAGGUUAUGAAUGAGGUCACAGUGAACUUUGACAAUUCUAUCUGUACAAUUGAAUGGGUUUCUGGUGUGAUCAACGACACCAUUGCUGACUCCGUUGUCGCUAUCUUGAUGUCAGUUGACUCCUCACCCGCAUCUGUCAAGAUGUCUUCUCAAUCUUGUCAACAUUCAGACAACGCUCCUGUACUCGCUGAUGCGUCCUUGACAACAAGGGUUAAGAGAAUAAAUCUGAUAUUAGAAGCACAAUUUGGCGAUGCUUUCACACCAAACGAAAACCAAUCAGGUGCCACUAUUAAGAUUGGUAAGAGUGAAGCACAAGUGGACUACGUGAAUUUAACAGUCACCUGUUCAUCCAAUGUUUUGAAGGGAAGAAUAGAAAAUGCUCUCAAUAGAGCCACUGAGCUGGUUGCACCAUUGGCCCAAAGAAAGGGUUUGAAGGUUUAAUUGAAGGCACAAUUUAUAAUUACACGAUCAAAGGUUGUAGAUUUUGAAGACCAAUACCGUAUAUAUACCAUUGAGUGAAAAG